AUGGCUGGAACUGUAGUACGCGACAGAACCCUCAAUGAACUUUGCUUGGUUAACGACGACGACGAUUCCGAACACAGUGCUGAGGAAGAAGCAUGUACUGAUUUGAGAGUUGAGAAUAGCCUACAAUCAGCUACCUUAACAAUAUGGUUAUUUAGAAGAGGGGACAUGUACGGCAAUGUGGCGUGUUACUGUCAAGGAUGCAAUCACCACAUGGCUUCUAGGCACAUAGAGGUUCUGUUGCAGCUACCUGGAUCUAUUCUCGGCCAUGCUCCUACUCUGGUGUUAUUUGAUGUCGAAAGCCCUCUGAAGAUUGCUGCUCAUAAGCUGUUCGACGGUGACGACAUCUACAAAAUUCGAAAUGCUCUAACAACGCUUCUGAUUGCGCCUAUGGCGCUCUCGGGAAGUAAUAUCCAAUACAUCUUCGGCUUGCCUCGUGGCAUACUGAUGGAUCAAUCCACUUUUACGCCGCAUACGUUUCUGGUAAAUUAUACGUCUGGAAAGCACCUGCUCACUGUGUUCCUCGGUUUCUUUCCUCGGGUUGGAUUUCAGUUAGAGGUUACCUGUAGCUCAGGCGAUUCCACUUUGCCGCCUCAGUUCGAGUACUUUUUGAGGUUGACAUCUAUUGUCAAUUUUCGCAGCGCUUAUGCGAAGGUGUUGAAUGAGCCGACCACUUUACUGGUCGGUGUCAUCAAGAAUGGGACGUUACCAAUGUCAGAGUAUGACCAGUCUGUAAUGAGACUAUUCUAA